UUUUGGGUGGACUUUAGUUGCCCUAUAUGAUCUACACUCCAUUGAUGAUUAACAUCACAUUACUUCAAAGCAAUAAACUUUGUUAUUAAUUAAUCAUCUUUCUCUCUCACAGUAGACUUCCGAAUCUUUAUCCCCAAUUCUUACACAAGGCACCAUGGGUAAAAGAGUUGGGAUCCUCUUCGUGUUCUUUCUGGCUGCCAGCCUGGCAUGUGAAGCUCGGGAUUUGACCACCACCUUGAGAAGCAAGGUUUCUGUAAUUUCAGUUUUGCGAUCGAAUGCUGAGAAGAGAUUUGGUGUUUUGGGAAACAUGGGUAAAAAAGACGAGUUGUGCAGUUUGUGUGAAGAAUAUACUAGCGAAGCUCUUAUUUAUCUCCAACAAAACAAGACUCAACAGGAAAUUAUUUCCAUUCUUCACGAUUCUUGCUCCAAGCUACAUUCAUUGAGUAAACAGUGCAUCACUUUGGUAGAUUACUAUGCUCCUCUAUUCUUCCUUGAGCUCUCCAACAUCCAGCCUGAAGACUUUUGCGGAAAAGUCAACCUUUGCAAGGAAGUCGUUGCUUACGCUCGUGAACUCUCAGAAAACAGCUGUGAUGUUUGCAAUUUGGCUGUUUCAGAAAUCAUCAAGUUGUUGGCAGAUCCUGAUAAUCAGUUGCAAAUCUUGGAGUUGCUUUUGAAACAAUGCAAAUCCGUGGAGAAAUACGUGCCAAAGUGCAAGGUUCUGGUCUUUGAAUACGCGCCUUUGAUCCUCGCGAACGCCGAGCAGUUUCUUGAGAAAGAAGACAUUUGUGCCAAGCUUCACGCCUGUGAUAUUAAUGGACCGAUUGAAGAGGCUUCUUUGGUUUCAGACAACUAAAAAUGACGACUUUAUGUGAUACCUACUAUUGUCUUCUUCCACAAUGUGUACAUUUAUGCUGCAAUCUUUACAUUUGGAACCGGAUAAUUUCUUCGUAUCAGCAACCUUGUAAUUAUACAUUGCCUCUUAUAUGUGUGCUAUGACAUUUGUUCAAAAGAUAUUCUUGCCUUUUUAUUGUUGGUUUUAGUCUA